CGUUAGGAUUGUGUAACUUCCGGUGACACUUGAACGCUGCAAAAAUUUUGCGAGGGCAUCGUUCCUCCCCCUCCAGCUCAAGUCGUCUGAGGUGAAUGUGGUCAUAUUAGAACUAGACAUACUGAGACCAGAGCAAUACAAUGCUAUCCGAUUUUUUACGGCUUACGAAGUUUAUUUAGGUUUUGAAAAUAUCUCUCGAUUCAGCUAGGCUAGCUAGUUAGCUAGCGAGUUUUGCUACCUGUCUACUGAGGCCGAUGUAGUUAGUGAAAGGAGGUGAGGCAUUUAUGGUUUUCCAUCAUGUCGUCCCCCCGCUAUUUUUAGCUAGCACUCUGGGCUAGGUCGGCUAAUAGAAACGGCUUUAAUUGUGAAUCGUUGGGAAGCUCUAUUAGCAAUACCCAAUGGAACAGUGGAAGGACGCGGCGUCUCAGCAGGCCGAGCUGCUUGCAUCUCGUGUGAAUGAAUUGUUGUACAAAAGCCAGGAGUUUUUGCGAGCCCACUUCGGCGUGGAUCUGGCGAUCAAGCCCGAGCUCAUUCCGCCAUGGGUGAUCCUAGUUGCGGCAUGCACCGGCUUAGUUCUGGUGCUCGUAAUAUGGGCCUCGAUGUGCCAGGCUCUCUUUAAGAAACGGCCUGCGACUAACGUUGUGGAGGACACCGUCGAGAUGAAACGAAGUGCCGGUAAACCCGUCAAAUCAGAAGAGCCAAAGAAGAGGAAGAAACGGGCGGAAAAGAAAUCCCAGCCAAACGGGAGAGCUGUCACUGAGGAGAUACUGGAAGAAGACGCCAUAGUUAAUGAGGACAGAGUGCCACAUCAACAACCGCCUCCACAAUCUAAGAGUGAAAAACCGGUUGAGACAAAAAAGUCAAAGAAGAAAGCCACACAGGUAGUGAAGGAAACCGUGACAGCUGUCGGAAAGGAGCCAGAGGAAGGUACAUGGGAGACUAAGGUCAGCAACAAAGAAAAACGUGAACAACGCAAGAAGGACAAGAGUUCCAGUGAUGGCUCUGCCAGUCCUGGUGGUGGUGCUGGCGGGGGCGGGGGCGGGGGCGGUGGCGGCGGCACUCCUAUGAGUGCUACUCCAGAGCAGCGUAAGGCAUCAGCUUCACCUGCCAACCAGAAGAAGAAAAAAGGAGACUCAUCAAAAGUGACAGCAGACAAGAUGAAUGCUUCUGUAUCUCAUGUUAACACCAGUGAGGCACCAUUAGGAGCAGCAGGUGUGGCUGAUAUUCAAGCGGUCAAGGUUAAGAUACCUCACACUGCUGUUCCAAAGACUCAAGGGCUGUGGACUCCCACAAGAGAACCAGCGCCAUUGUGGAAGACUGACAUUGAUGAUUCAUGGACUGUGAUUGAUAGGAUUCCAUCUGAUCUAGUUCCCUUUACGAAAAUGGGUGUUGGCACAGCUGAUCCGCAGCUGGUGGAUAACGCAUCAUGGCUCAGUCAGCCAAAAGUAGAUGAUGAGUGGUCCGGAUUCAAUGGUGGUUCAGCAGAUCCCAGCUCUGAUUGGAAUGCCCCUUCUGAACUUUGGGGCAACUAUGAGGAACCCACACCCUGCCCCACUCCUGUUCACGAGCAGCCUCGAAGAGAGCCUGCUAGACAAAAUCUGAGUGGAGCUCCUGAGGAAGAUGAUGAAGAUGAAAAGGACAAUGGAGAGACCGCUGCUGAUGGAGGGGCCAAAAAUAAAAAGAAGAGGAAGAAAAAGAAAAAGGUGGCUCAGGAGGAAGAAACAGGCCAGGUUGAAGUGCCAGAGAAGAAGUUAGAACCUGCAUCCCUAUUAAAGGAUGAGAAGGAAAAGAAGAAGAAAAAACCCAAGCAGCAGCCAUCUGCUCAGGAGCACCCUGCUGCUCCUGUCGAGGUGCAGUUGGAGCGCCCAGUGAAAGACAGCACAUCUCAGAAACCUCUCGCCGCUCAAGUGCCACUGAAGCAACCCGAGGGACAUAGCACUGCUCACAUUAAUCUUCCGGCUCCAACACAACAUCAAAAACCUGAGGAAAUCCAGGUCGUCAAACUGUCAAAGAAGAAGAAGGCAAGAAGGGAGACAUGAGUCCGCUUUGCAUUCAACCAUAUGCAAGACUUGUCAUCCUGAUUAUGCAACUACUUUCAAAGAACACGGACCUACCGUCAAGCGAAUUGACUUACCUUAAAUCCUGACUGAAGAAAAAACAAAAAACGAGAACAUUUUACACAGAGGUCAUGGAAACGUGACCCCUCCAAGCAGCUUAAUCUAAUGUCAUGCUUUGUGAAUUAAUUUUUAAACAUGCUUUUGAUACUGUCUUGUAAUUCCAUUGAUUAACCUAAGUGAAGGAGCUAGUCAUUAGAAAUAUAGAUGUAAAGAAAAUGUUGUGGUGACUAUGAGGUUUCUCAGCAUGUCAACAUUUUGCUGAACUGGCCUUUCGUUUUGUCAGCUGUACAGUGAGCAUCAAGUGAUAAAGGUCAGGUGUUAAUUUGGACAUUUUGACUCAGCAGUGCUUGAAUAUGUCGAGUGUAUUUUUCAUGGUCUGUCAGAUUUCAGCAGACUCUGUCCAUCCUGUUUAUUAACUUAGCUGUUGUACUGAGGCUUCCGAUCCCUUCCGAUUUUUACAACCUACUGUAUACGAUCUGUUGCCGGAGUCACGUUGGACCCUCUUCGGCUCCUUGAUUUUCCAGCUUUAGUUGAUUAUCAAGUCUAAAUAUUCUUUUGUAAAAAAAAUGAAAAUGUUUGUAAUAAAAGUAAAGCUGAAGCCAUAUGUUAAAGACCAUAA